CCCAUGUGAGCAGCUCUUCAAGAUCUCGUCAUAGAGCUUCAACCAAUCAGCGCGCAGAUCAACAGAACCUGCCACCCAAUCAGCGCUCACAUCAACAGGAACCGCAACAAUGGAGGCGAGCAUGAAGCCCGUGGGUGUAUGACAGCAUGUCAACGGCAAAUCAAGCGCAAAUCCCCCAAAAUCAUAAUGCACGCUUUCUGAACGGACAAUUAACUGUUACACGUGUGAAAUCGACAGAAUGGCUUCGUGGUCGGAGAAAAUGCUCCAACUCCUGCGUCGAAUGAAUAACUUUCAUCUACCAGGUUCUAGUUUAGAGAGCUGUCUACGUUUUGAGGUGGCUGGAGAACAGGUUGGAUGGAUUUCCCCAAAAGUAGCAUCAAUUCUUGGUCGUUUUCCUGCUGUCUUCAGACCAUAUGGGAGCGCUAUAACCUUCUGCUCCGGACUUGACACUUUUGAGAGCAGAUCAGUGGCUGUGGAUGAGGUCUUGCAGGAGCUGAGGAGAGAGGCAUCAUUCACCUGUCUCAUAGGCUGGAGAGAUGAGGAUGAAUUCUAUUUUCAGCAAUAUGCUGUGAUGCCCAGGUAUUGCGACCCUCCAUUGAUGUAUAUGGAGAGAGCAGCUACAAGUCUGUUUGGAGUGAAACGGUACGGCGUCCAUGUCAAUGGCUACACUCGGGAUUCAAGUGGCAACCUUAAUAUGUGGCUAGCACGACGAUCUCUGACCAAACAGACGUAUCCAGGAAGACUGGACAACAUGGCGGCUGGAGGACUGGCAGCAGGCUGUAGUGUAAGGCAUACCAUGGUAAAAGAGUGUGAAGAGGAGGCCUGCAUCCCUCCAGGCCUGGCAGAGCAAGCGCGUCCUGUGGGAACUGUGAGCUACACCUACGAAGAUGAGGAAGGAAUAUUUCCUGAGUGUCAGUUUGUUUUUGAUUUAGAGCUGCCUCUCAAUUUUCAGCCUCACAUUGGAGACGGAGAAGUGCAAGCGUUUUACUACUAUCCAAUAGAGAAUGUGAAAGAUCUCCUGGUCAGUGAGGAGUUUAAGCCGAACUGUGCCAUGGUGGUUCUGGACUUCCUCAUCAGACAUGCCAUCAUUGAGCCAGACUCAGAGCCCUAUUAUCACGAAUUUGUGGCUGGAUUGCACAGAUCACUGUAAAAACUGACUGAUGGUGUUAAAGCCUGUGUUAACCUGCAACAGUUUGGUAUUUUUGUUAUCUACCUCCGCUUUUAACUCCUAGCAUUGUCAGCAUGUGUACUUGUUUACUAAAGACCACAUCUAGCUGGUGAAGACAUUUUACGGUAUUUUACGCAAACAUAACCCGGAGAAGAGACAGAAUAAAGACCCAAGCAAAGUUACCCUAUAAGAAUUUAUUUUUUCAAUACAUUUCAAAUGAGUCUGUGGAAAUCCAAAGAUGCACUGGUAUACAAAAGAUAAUUGAUGCAUCAAAGGCUCUUUUUUUCUUUUCUUACAAUGAAAUGCAGAAUCCCUUCUAAGAAAUUACUUGCAUUUAAUAAUAUGGCAUUAAACAGCUCUCUCAAAAUCACAUUUUGGCUACUUUUGUCCUUCUUUGUUUCUUUUAAAACUUUAAAUUCUAAGAUACUAGAAUUUGUAAAAUACGCAAAAAUGAUAUAGUAUAAGCCAGUAGAAUUUCACAAAAAAAGAAAAAACAUACAGUACAGAAGAAAAAUAGGGGAAUAUUAAACAAAAAAGGGAGAGAAAAUGGAGUUAUGUUACUGUCACCUUUUACAAAACUUAUAUAUAUAUUGCCAAAAUUGAACAGUGUCUGACAGUCAACAUACAAAGCUGUGGUUAUGCUUUGAGCUCCACAAAGGCUGAUUAACCCAAAGUCUUUCUUUUUUUAAUUACAAUACAUGAGCAAGCACAUAAAAUACUCACAAAAAAGCUGAAUUAGUAUGAUCAUUGCUUAAUGCAUCUUACUUUGAAUUUUAUAGGCAAAUGGCAAAAAAAAAAAAAAGAUAUAUUUAAAUCUUAUUGGAAUAAAGAAUUGUAAGGCUACCACUAUUUCAGCUAUUUUAAACCAGUGACUAAACCGCCAAUUUUGCAACAGGACAGGAGAGCACCGAGGAACCGGUUGUGUUAACCAACAGUGUUAGCAUGUUAAUGUAGGAAAAAAAGAUCAUUAAACAUAAAAUCGUAGUACGAAGGACAUGCAUGAAUCUUUUACAUAAGAUGGCACUGGGUUCCUGGGAGGUUUAUAAAGGGGUUCACGGGAGUAUUACGUUGUGUGGCCAAUGUCUUGAUCCAAAAAAACAACUCCCUGCUCGACA